AUGAGUGCUGGACGGCCACCGGAAUUUGCCGAUGCAGAAGGUACGUGGCCUACGUAUCGCGUUCGCCUGGAGGCGUACUUUGAGGCUCAUAGCAUCGUGGACCCAACGAAGAAGCGAGCGCUGCUCAUCGCUUCGCUCACGGACAGUGCAGUGCGUGUGGUGCAGGGCCGGUGUCAACCAAAAAAGUUGAAUGAACUGAGCUAUGAGGAAGUCGUCGGGUACCUGGAAGAUCACUAUGCUCCGGAGGUCAACGAGAUCGCUGCAAGUUAUGCUUUCUUCAUGCGUUCGCAACAAGACGGGGAAGCUGCUCAGGACUUCAUUGCGGACAUUCGACGCCUAGCUGAGAAGUGUAACUUCGGCACGUCAUUGGAGCGCAUGUUGAGGGAUCGAAUCAUUUGCGGAGUGCUGGAUGAAGACGUUCGGCGCCAUUUACUGACGCGACGGAAGCUCACCUUAGAAGAGGCUGAAGACUUUGCUGUCUCGGCACAGAUAGCUGUUGAAAAUGCCACGAGCAUGAACUCGGCGCACUCAGAAGUACAUUUUGCCCGACAAAAGAGCCAUUCCUCGAAGCGACGUCCCAAGCCGGAACAAGGCGACGUGUGUGGAAGGUGUGGAGAAUCGCAUGCUGAGUACGAGUGCAAACACCUUCGCGCGGUGUGCCACCGGUGUGGAAAACGAGGACAUCUACGUCGGAUGUGCCUGUCUAGCACAAAUAGUGACCGUCGGCAGGGAUCUUAUCCAGCAAGACAACGGCGCCAGGGUUCGUACGCCAUGGCAUCCGGAGAGGACACAAGCUCGGACGACAACGACGCCUUGCACACGAUUACAGCGGUUCUCCAUCACGCAGCCAGUAUCCGCAAGGUUAGGCCUAUUUACAAGGACAUCAGUUGGAAUAACGUUCCGCUCACUAUGUUGGUGGACACGGGGUCACCUGUAAGCGUCAUUCCCGUAACGGUGUUCUGCAAGUACAAGCAGCUCUGGCCUCCGUUGGAGAGUUCACAGAUCAAGCUCUCUUGUCUUUUGGGAGAACCUCCAGUUGUCGGCCAGCUUAGCAUGACCGCUACGUGCGACGGGAAAGAUAUUCCUGGUACUGUCAUAGUGGUCGACAGCUCCGGACCAUCUUUGUGCGGCAGAGAUACCAUCAAGGCAUUUAAUGAAGUUGGAGUGGCAAUGUUGUCGAAUGUGGUAGCGAAUCUGCAACCGGCUCGAAUACAGGCUGUCAGCACAGGUCUGCAACAGCUGCUUGACGAAUAUGCCGACGUGUUUGCUCCGGGACUCGGCCUGUGCAAAGGACCACCAGUCACAUUUCAAUUGAAAGAAAACGCGUGUCCACGGUUCUUUAAGGCCCGUACUGUACCCUACGCUCUCAGAGAUAAGAUGUCUGAAUCGUUGGAUCAGCUGGUCGCGGAAGGCGUUUUGACGCCGGUAAAAACCGCUGAAUGGGCAACCCCUGUGGUACCCGUUUUGAAGGGCGAUGGGUCCCUCCGACUGUGUGGAGACUUCCGUAUGACUGUGAAUGCGGCCACUGUGGUAGAACAAUACCCGUUGCCUCGAGUGGACGACAUUUUAGCUAGGUUAAACGGUGGCGAAGUAUUCACGACCUUGGAUUUGCGUCAAGCCUACAGCCAGCUGCCAUUGGAUGAGGAAGCAAAGAAGAUAACAGUCCUCAACACCCAGAAGGGUCUCUUUUGUUUUAACAGAUUACCGUUUGGCGUAAGUUCUGCUCCAGCCAUAUUCCAAAGGCGAAUGGACGGACUGCUGGGGGAUAUUCCUGGAGUGCAGGUGUACCUGGAUGACAUUAUCAUCGCCGAGAAAAAACAUGAUUCAUCUAGGCUCAGAACCGUGCUGCAGCGGCUGCGGGAGUAUGGUCUCCGACUGAACAAGGGAAAGUGCAAGUUUCGGCAAGACGAAGUCACAUUUCUCGGUCAUCGUAUAGACGCGAAGGGUCUGCGACCGAAGGACGACAAUAUCAAAGCCCUUGUUGAAGCCCCAAAGCCCACCUCGGUGAGUGAGCUGAAAGCUUUUCUCGGUCUCAUAAAUUACUAUGGCAAGUUCCUGCCCAAUCUGGCCACCAUGGUAGCUCCGCUACAUGCUCUCUUAUCCAAAGGAGUCAAGUGGCAAUGGAGCCAGGAACAGGAGAAAGCAUUUCAGCAAGUUAAGCAGGCAAUUGUGGCUCCCAAGUUUCUGGCUCACUUCGACCCGGAUAAGCCACUGCGGCUGGAGUGCGAUGCGUCAUCAGUAGGCAUUGGGGCCGUUUUGUCGCACCGCGUGAAUGGUGUUGACUACCCCAUUGGAUUCCGGUCCAGGACACUUACCAAGAGCGAGCGCAAUUACUCGCAGUUAGAAAAAAGAAGCUUUGCCACUGGCUUCAGCGAUGCCACCAGCACAGAUACCUUUGGCCUGGCCAGCCACCGGGGAAAGAGGGUAGCCGUAAACCCUGCAGAUAGCACUCCAAUCACGUCGCCACAUAGUCCGGAGGUGGCCCAGACGGAUAGCCCGCCACCGUUACGAAGAUCGACCCGACAGCGACGGCCUCCUGAACGCUUGGACCUGUAA